GAAUCUCGUGUUAGUUUUGAAGUGCAGACAAAAUAAAUAUAUUUUUUUAUGUGUUGCAAUGCACAUCUGAUUUAAUUGCCAGUUGAAGUAAGUAUGUUCAUGACCUUGUGAAGAGAUGCGAGACAAAUGAAAUCUAGGUCUGGAAUGCGUAGGCGGGGAAGAAGAUUUGUAAACAGGUCAUGUGGAGGAUGUAAGCCCCUUGCAAUAUGGAUUCUAAUUGCAAUAGCUGUAUCGCUCUUACUUCUCCAUUUUCACCAUAAAGAUCGGAAAGGUACCCUUCCUGUGGAAUCCAGAGUGUGGGAUGCCAACGAUGUGAAGGACGCUCAGUCUGGUUCUGCCUGUGGCGUGUCAUGUCCACCAGGACAGAAAUCAUUCUAUGUUAAGACAGGGACAGAUAAAAGUGUGGGGCCCACUAUUUGUUACGAUGGAGACAUAUAUAUGAGCGAUGAAAAGCAAAAUGUAGGAAGAGGACUCAAUGUACUAUUUAUUGACGGUGAUUCACAUAAAGUUAUUGACCAGAAAACCUUUGACACUUAUUCAGAAGAUCAGACCUUCUUGCAGUAUGUCCAGUUAAGAAUAAAGGAUGGAACGGUGGUAAUCAUGGCCAGUUUUGAUGAAAUUACCAAUUCAAUGAAGGAUGAUGCAAAGAAAUGGUUGAAGCUGAUGGGGGCCAGUAAGGUAGAAAAGGUGAAAUUCCGGGAAUCGUAUCUUCUGAUUGGUCAACGAGGCCUAAAGCAGGGGCAUGCUAUUGAGUUUUACAACCCAAAAAUUGAAAAUGAACAGUACGGUGCAGCACUGGAAAAAAAGGGAUGUUUUCGCAUACCACUUGGGCCAGUUGAAGACAUAACAAAACUUCUAGCUGAGCUGACUUUAAUAAAACCGGGAUCUGAUCUAGAGAAUUGUGGUCUGAAAAGUAAAUGUGACGGGACACCUAUCCAAGUUUACACGGGGGAUAUGGACGCCUCAAUGCCUCACAUCUGUGUGGCUGGAAAAAUGAUAAUGGAAAAAGACUUGAACAAUGCAGGAAGAGGGUUCAACAUAGUGGUCCUACACAAGGAUACAAGAGAACCAAAGCUUGUGGCUAGAUUUGAUACAUAUGAGACCAGCAAGGAUAGCACAAGCUUGGAGACCUUUUUGAAACAGUUGAAUGAGGGUGACAUUGUUAUUGGUGUCAUCAGUGAUGAUGCAGCUAGAAAAUUAGAAGAAGGUGCUAUAAAGGAACUCAAUGCAUUAGGCAGCAGUGCAAUACAAAACCUUAGAUUUAGAGAUGUCUGGUACUUCAUUGGUCAGAAGGGCAUCCAGGGAUUUACAGAGCUGGAGGAAAUCAGCUUUGCUACCUAUGAUGGAGAUUGGCCAACACAAAUCAAGAAAUCCAUUUGUCUUCCAAGGGACUUCAAAGGUGUUAAAGUUGCUCCCAUUAUAAGUACAAAUCGCAAUAUGGAGAGAAGAGAAUUCUGUAAGAAGUAUGAUGGUUACAGUGAAUUCUGUGAUGUUCAGAGAGUAGAUGAGCUGCUGAAGACGGUUCCUCUCCAAGACAAGUCCAAGGCAAAAGACGUGAUAUACAAAACCCCCAUUCUUAUCAUUCCAGGUUUAGAUCAUAAUGCCUUGGCGAGAUUAUUAGAGACCACUCACAGUAUUCCUGGUGUCCACCCUGAACUUGUCACAGUAGUUGUUGAUGAGCAAAGUCCAGAUCAUGGAGAACUGGCAGCUUUAUUUAAAUUCCAAAACUUUAGUCUCGGAACUCUACCAAGAUAUGAAGAUAAGAUGAAUAGUGCCCUUGAAAAAGAAAUCCUACAAACAGAAAGUAAAUAUGUCAUUGUAAUUGAGGAGGAAAUAGUACUAACCCCUGAUUUCUUAGACUUUAUGUCACAGUGUCUCCCUGCUCUGGAGGCUGAUGAGAGUUUGUUUGGAAUCUCAGCAUUUAAUUACAAUGGGUUUGAGACCACGUCCGGAGAUCAUAGCCGAGUGAACAGAGUGGAGGACUUCCCAGGAUUAGCAUUCCUUCUUAAACGUUCCGUGUUUGAAUCCCAGAUGAAGAGUGCAAUGGAGAAAUGUUGCAAUAAAAGGUCUUGGGAUUCCUGGACUCUGAAAACUCCAGGAGAAAUGCUUGUACCAGAUGUGUCGCGGGUGUUCAGACUGCCUUAUCAAUCCUCUAACGAUGCAAAUAACUACUUAGAAAACUUAUUUUACAAGCCAAGAUUAACUAUUACAGAGGAAAAUGUAAAGUUAAAGAAUGUGGAUUCAUUGAAAUCUACAGAAUAUGAGCAAGAGAUGAAAAAAGAAAUUAAAUCUAGUAAACAUUUUCCUCACGAAGAACUGAAAAAGUGUGGUAGUAAAGGAGAUUCAUUGGAAGUUCCUUCAAAAGGUGGGAGUUUUGUGAUAUAUUUUGCUGAUAAAGACUCCAAGAGAACAGUAUUUCAUAAAUUAUGCAAAUGCUUUGGACUAUAUUCUGCACCUGAGAAACCCUUGAAAGGUCUUCACAAAGAAUCUAUACGCUUCUUCUUCAAAGAAACAACUAUUUUUCUAGUAGGAUCAAGAUCUCCUUACUUUGAAAUGAAACCAGAUGAUGUUAAAGUUUACGAAUGAAAUAUAGAUUUCUUAAGAAAUUAUUUAGUCAUAAAAAUUAAAUUUAUAGCAAUUACAUGUACCUCUUACAUUUUGCAAGUUGAUUCUAUCUACAUGUAUAAGUGUUGCUGUCUUGAAUGUUUUUUUGUGUGCCAUAAUGAUCUCAAGUUCUUGAUGAAAGCCACAGAAUUGAUCGAAAAUGAAAUGAGCCAUUGAAUGUGAAGUUAUUGUAUAAGUAUACCUGCAUUUACAAUGUGAACAAUUUGAUUGUUUUAGUGUUUAUUUUAGUUAAAAUUUAUCUGACGUGCUAUUUAUAUUUACAUUUAUGAAAUGAACAAUGUUUGCAAUAAUAUGUUAAUGUUCUUCGUUACUUAUUUUCAAAUAUUGAUUUACUGUAAAAUCACAUAUUUUCGUGGGGUCAAAUUUUCGAGGUUUGAGGAAAAAUAUUUGUUUGUGGGGAUAGGAUUUCGUGUUUGGGGAAGUGCUGAGUAUAACGCAUUUGAAAGUUUACAUUUCGUGGUGGUCAUGAAUUCAUGGGUCUCUCCAUGGUUCAAAAUCCAUGGAAAUUAAACCCCAACGAAAAUUAGUGAUUUCACAGUAUCACUAAUUUUCGUUGGGUGGUUAAUGUUCGGUGUUUUCUUUAUAUAAAGAGACCCCCAAAUUCAAUGACAUGUACUUCACAAAAAUGUUAAAAUUUCAAUAAACAGUAUCGUGUUUCUUCUUCAUCCACAAAAUCAAUUCCCCUCAAAUCACGAAAAUUUUAUCACAAAAAUUAGUGAUUAAACAAUAAUCUUUUUUACUUUAAAUAAUAUAUUGUGCUGUGUAUGUCAUAUCUUUAUACAGUGCACAUUAGAUGAAAAAAAAAAGUUAAAGGACAAAAGAAUUUUCAAUAUUUUUGUAAAAUUCUAUUUAAAUUCUUUUUUUUAAAAUAUAUAAUUG